AUGACCGGUCCUCCAUCAUCGUUGAUAGAGGAUUACCUACAGGAAGCGGGUUUUUGGCAUGUGGCGAUGAUGGGUCGGGGGUGCAAGUUGGACCUGAAACUUAUUAGUGCGUUGAUAGAAAGGUGGAGACCCGAGACGCACGCAUUUCAUCUUCCAUGUGGAGAGUGCACUAUCACUUUGAAAGACGUGCAUUUGCAAUUAGGAUUGCCGGUGGACGGGGACGCAGUCAUUGGGUCCGUUCAUUCUGCUGAUUGGGGAGCGGUAUGCUACGAGCUUUUGGGUGCUAUUCCAGACAAUAUUAACAGAGGUCGGAUCGAGAUGGGCUGGUUACGAGACACAUUUCCGGAGCCGGAUGAUGAUUCUACCGAACUAGAAAAAAUUUGA